AUAGCCAUUUUACUCUCCAGCGCAGCAUGCAGGGUGUUCUUCUCUCCCAUAUCAAUUUCGGUAUUCUUCAUUGAAACAGGGAAAAAUGUCCUUGGCUGAUCAGUUUGCAGCUACUGGUGUGCACAAUCAUGGACAUGACAUACAAAUGAGCCAACCAGACCAUUUCAUAAAAUCUGCUUCUAAACAAGUUGGGUAUUUGGCAAAUACUUUGGUAAGUGGACAUGAGAGCUCUAUCAGUUUAUCACCUGAUAGGGAUAUAAAUCUGGAUUACCAGCUUCAUCAAAAUCAGAAGCCAAUCCGUACUCUUACUCGAAACCGAGGGCAUCAGAUGCAGAAUGUGAUUAAGGGCCAGUGGACCGCAGAGGAAGAUAGGUUGCUUGUGAAAGUGGUGGAAGAGCAUGGGGUGCACAAAUGGUCACAAAUAGCAGAAAUGCUGACAGGUCGUGUGGGAAAGCAGUGCCGAGAAAGAUGGCACAAUCAUUUACGUCCUGGCAUUAAGAGAGAUGUAUGGAGUGAGGAGGAAGAAAGAAUGAUCGUAAGGGCACAUAGAGUACUGGGAAAUAAAUGGGUGGAGAUUGCAAAAAGAAUUCCAGGAAGAACAGAGAAUGCAAUAAAAAACCACUGGAACGCCACCAAGCGUAGACAAUCUGGGCGCCGAAGAUGUACAAGAGGUGGCGGCCAUGAAAGCAGCUCCAUUUUAAGGGAGUACAUUAGGAGUUUGAAUGAUUCAAAGGAGAACAAAUCCUCCUGCAACAAUGAUGUGCCCAUGAUAAGUGAUUCUCUCUCUUUUUUCCAGUCUUCUCCUAUCAGUGACAGCAGCAGUAGCAGCACUACAAACAUCUCUUCUAUCUUGCCAUGGAAACCUGAGCUUAACUUGUCUUUUCUAUUGGAUGGGUUUUCAACUAGAGAUGAUGAAACCAUGUUGUUGGAUGAAUCCAUGGAUGUAAACAAGGUGGAUUGUUCAGAGCAUAGGAAGGGAGAUGUUGAUCUCUUUGAGAUGGUGUUUGGAUUUGACACUCUCCAAUUCAAUCUUAUGUAAAGAGAUUAUUAUUAUUUUAUGA